AUGAAGCACAGAAGGUCAAAGGCAACUCAGCUGAGCUGUGUUUUUGGCAUAUGCAGUCAGCUACCUAUUUGCCGAAUGAGAAUGCUGCUGCUCUGCUUAUGCAUGCUGCUGGCAGUGACACUGAGUCUGGGAUUAAUGCUGUCUGACCACGAUGCAAGAAGAUCUGAAGAUUUAUUUGAUAGAGUUCCAGACCUUAAAAAUGAUAAACUGACCCACAGGCCGAGUAAGCCCACCGCGGCCCAGGUGAAGCGGCUGGUCUCUGAGGUGAACUGGGCUCGGUUGUGGUAUGCCCUUCUCCAGCCUAUCCUCAUAGAGCGACACCCAGGCUCUCGUGGUAGCCGUACUGUUCGAAGGCAUGUUUCGACUGUGUUGAAUUCUCUCUCUGCUGGGUGGUCAGUACAGAUUGAUUCCUUUAACUCUGAAACCCCUCGUGGCCUAAUCAACUUCUCCAACAUCCUGGCAGUGCUGGACCCCAUGGCUCCACGCCGACUGCUUUUAGCUUGCCAUUAUGACACAAAGAACAUACCUUUAGGGAAUCAUGAGCCAAAGCAGGUGUAUGUGGGGGCAAGUGACUCAGCGGUUCCUUGUGCUAUGAUGCUGGAGCUGGUCACUGCACUGGACAGACACCUAAAAAUGCUCAAACAGCAGAUGUCUCAGGUGACACUUCAGUUGGUCUUCUUUGAUGGGGCAGAGGCUUUUGAGGAAUGGACAGUCUCCAACUCUCUGUAUGGUUCCCGACAUCUCGCUGAACACAUGUCCCAUGUUGCACAUCCUCCAGGCUCUGAACACACAACCCUGCUGCAUGCUGUGGAUCUCUUCAUUCUAUUGGCUCUGAUCGGUGCCCCAAGUCCAACAUUUGUGAAUCAUUUUGAGAACAGUGCCCGCUGGUUUGAUCGCCUUGUAUUGGCAGAAAAGAGACUUCAUAAACUGGGCUUGCUGUUUUCCCACCCCAGCGAGCAGGUAUACUUCAGAAGGAAUAUAACUGUGGGUCCAAUAGAUGAUGACCAUAUGCCUUUCUUUCAGCAAGGGGUUCCAGUGCUACACAUUAUUCCUACACCCUUCCCAUCAUAUCGGCAUACAGUGGAGGACAAUGCAAACAAGAUUCACAGUGAUACAGUGGAGAAUCUCACCAAAGUGCUGGUGGUCUUUUUAGCAGAAUAUCUUGGAUUGUAG